CGCUGCGCUCCGGAGCCACUGCAACUUUUGCAGCGACUCCUCACUCCACAGACAUGUCGCACACGAGCUGAAGUAAACCUGUCAUCGUGGCUCCUCAGCCUCCAGGAUCCCACACUCACACACACACACACACACACGCACACUGGAGAGGACCUGCAUCUUCCCCUUUUUUGAUUUUUUUCCGCCUGCUCCUCUUCUUCCUCUUCCUCCUCUUCUUCUUGUCGUCGGGACGCGGACGUGUGGAUAUGAAUUAUGAGCCGUUUCCUCACUAAUGAACCGGGCCAGUGAUGCAGGAGACCACGGCGCUGUUUCAAGAUGGCAGAUUUUUAUUGAGUUUUGAGCGGAGACCUCGCUUUAUUUUUUGCCAUGUAUAACAGAAACCCUUGCACCGAUGGCCCCUGUAUACGAAGGUAUGGCCUCGCAAGUGCAAGUGUUCUCCCCUCACACUCUCCAGUCAAGUGCCUUCUUUAGCGUGAAGAAACUGAAGGUGGAGCAGAGUUGUAACUGGGAUAUGACAGGGUACGGCACACACAGCAAAGUCUACAGCCACAACAGCAGCAAGAACGUGUCGACCACUAGUGGUCCCCUCUGCAUCAACAGCUCCCUGCAGGUUGCCAGCUGUACCCUGCCCUACGAGCAGGCGCUCAUCUUCCCAGCCAGCGCGGGCCACAUCGUGGUCGCCUCAGCCAGCAGCACUUCGGGGGCCUUGGGGUCUCUGCUGGGCAGCGGGGGUGGAGGCAGCAGCAGCAACAGCAGUGGUGGUGGAGGUGGCGGCGGCAGUGGUGUGGGUAGCGGGGUUGGUGUUCACAACCUGACGCGCCGCAGUACGGUCAGUCUCCUCGACACUUACCAGCGAUGCGGGCUUAAACGCAAGAGCGAGGAGCUUGACAACAACAGCAGUGUGCAGAUCAUUGAGGAACACGGUCCACCAAUGAUCCAGAACGGAGCAGCCAGUGGAGCCACGGUGGCUACAGCCGCCACCGCCACCUCCACAGCUACGUCCAAAAACAGCGGCUCCAACAACGAGGGGGACUACCAGCUGGUGCAACAUGAGGUGCUCUGCUCCAUGACCAACACCUAUGAAGUCCUGGAAUUCUUGGGGCGGGGAACCUUUGGACAGGUGGUAAAGUGCUGGAAGAGGGGCACCAACGAGAUUGUGGCAAUCAAGAUCUUAAAAAACCACCCGUCUUAUGCACGGCAGGGUCAGAUCGAAGUGAGCAUCCUGGCGCGUCUCAGCACGGAGAAUGCAGAUGACUACAACUUUGUGAGGGCCUACGAGUGCUUCCAGCACAAGAACCACACGUGCCUGGUAUUUGAGAUGCUGGAGCAGAACCUGUACGACUUCCUCAAGCAGAACAAGUUCAGCCCGCUGCCGCUCAAAUACAUCAGACCCGUGCUACAGCAGGUGGCCACAGCACUGAUGAAGCUGAAGAGCCUGGGGCUGAUCCACGCUGACCUGAAGCCGGAGAACAUCAUGCUCGUGGACCCGUCCCGACAGCCCUACAGAGUCAAAGUCAUUGACUUUGGCUCAGCCAGCCACGUGUCCAAAGCGGUGUGCUCCACGUAUCUGCAGUCCAGAUACUACAGGGCUCCAGAGAUCAUCCUGGGCCUGCCGUUCUGCGAGGCCAUCGACAUGUGGUCCCUGGGCUGUGUGAUAGCGGAGCUCUUCCUGGGAUGGCCCCUCUACCCUGGAGCCUCGGAGUUCGAUCAGAUCCGGUACAUCUCCCAGACGCAGGGUCUGCCUGCAGAGUAUCUGUUGAGUGCAGGGACAAAGACCACCAGGUUCUUCAACAGAGACCCCGACUCCACCUAUCCCCUCUGGAGACUCAAGACUCAAGACGACCAUGAGGGCGAAACGGGGAUCAAGUCGAAGGAGGCUCGAAAGUACAUCUUCAACUGUCUGGACGAUAUGGCGCAGGUGAACAUGGCGUCGGAUCUGGAGGGGACCGAGAUGCUGGCGGAGAAGGCCGACCGGAGGGAGUUCAUCGACCUGUUAACCAAGAUGCUGACCAUCGACGCGGACAAGAGGAUCACCCCCAUCGAAACGCUCAACCACCCCUUCGUCACCAUGUCACACCUCCUCGAUUUCCCGCACAGCACACACGUGAAGUCAUGCUUCCAAAACAUGGAGAUCUGUAAGCGUCGUGUCAACAUGUACGACCAGAGCAAGACGCCCUUUAUCACCCACGUGGCCCCCAGCACCUCCACCAACCUCACCAUGACCUUCAACAACCAGCUGAACACUGUGCACAGCCAGGCCACCAACCUGGCUCCCUCCUCCACCAACAAUGCCACCCUUUCCUUUGCAAGUCCCGAUGUCUCCAUACUAAACUACCAAUCUGCACUCUACCAGCCUGCAGCUGCCUCCAUGGCAGCAGUGGCCCAGAGGAGCAUGCCCCUGCAGCCGGGGGCUCCUCAGCUCUGCGCCGCCCGGCCCGACCCCUUCCAGCAGGCGCUCAUCGUCUGCCCACCUGGCUUCCAAGGGCUGCAGGCGUCCCCUUCCAAGCACACCAGUUACUCUGUGCGGAUGGAGAACGCCGUUCCCAUAGUGACGCAGGCCCCUGGUGCCCAGCCCCUGCAGAUCCAACCUGGUCUGCUUACACAGCAGGCCUGGCCCAGCGGCACCCAGCAGAUCUUGCUGCCUCCUGCCUGGCAGCAGCUCACCCACACCUCAGUCCAGCAUGCCACUGUCAUCCCCGACUCCAUGAGCAGCGCACAGCCUCUCGGCAACUGGAGGAAUUCCCACCCUCAUGGCAGCCAUUAUAAUCCCAUCAUGCAGCAGCCAGCCUUGUUGGCUGGACACGUCACACUCCCAUCCAACCAGACGCUUAAUGUGGGAGUGGCACAUGUUAUGAGGCAGCACUCGACCAAUAACAACUCCUCUUCCAAAAAGAACAAACAGCACCAGAUGAGUGCCAGGAACAUGUCGGCCUAUGAGGUGUCGUCCUCGCAGGCCGUGCUGUCCCCGCAGCGCUCAAAGAGGGUGAAGGAGAACACGCCCCCGCGUUGCGCCGUGCUGCAGAACGGCUCGGCCCCCAACAACUGUCCGCCCCCGCAGCCAUGUGGCGGCAGCGGGUGGGGGGCUGGCGAAGCAGAGCAGGCCUCCAGCACCACGCGCGACCAUCAGCACCAGCACCACGUCCCCAGACAGACCAUCAUCAUCCCCGACACGCCCAGCCCCGCAGUCAGCAUCAUCACCAUCAGCAGCGACACGGAUGAGGAAGAGGACCGGAAACAAAACAAACGCUCAACUUCAAAGCAAAGGAAGAAUGUCAUCAGCUGCGUGACGGUCCACGAUUCCCCCGACUCUGACUGCUCCAGCAACAGCCCCUACACUGUGCAGUCCAGACCCCCCAACAACAACAGCUACGACACAAAGACCACCAUACUGGACAACUACAACAACGGGAACCCCCGCACCAUCAUCAUCCCCCCUCUCAAGACCCAGAACAUCGAGGUCCCGAUUGAAUGUGAGCGCCUGAUGACAGAUGCAAUGAACCAUCAUAAUUCAGCUUACAAGUUCAAAUCCAACAUGAUGUCUGGCAAUAAUCACAUACCAGGUUGCAUCACUGGAGGGUCCUACCGACAGCAGCGCUCAGGGCCACACCCCCUCCAGCAGCAGCCCCUCAAUCUCAGCCAGGCCCAGCAGCACAUGGUAGCAGAGCGAAACGGAGGUCAUCGGCGCCAGCAGGCCUACAUCACCCCCACCAUCGCCACUCAGGCCCCGUACUCCUUCCAUCACAACAGCCCCUCUCACACGGGGAACAUCCACCCGCACUUGGCUGCCACACACCUGCCUAGCCAGCCCCACCUCUACGCCUACACAGCCCCCGCUGCUCUGGGCUCCACCGGAACAGUGGCCCACCUGGUGGCGUCGCAAGGCACGGCGCGCCACGCGGUCCAGCACGGAAGCUACCCGCCCAGCAUCGUCCACCAGGUCCCAGUCAGCAUGGGCCAUGGCGUGCUGCCCUCGCCCACCCUGCACCACAGUCAGUACCAGGCCCAGUUUGCCCACCAGGCCUACAUCAGCGCCUCGCCCGCCUCCGCUGUCUACACUGGAUACCCGCUGAGCCCCACCAAGGUCAACCAGUACCCAUACCUCUAGAGAAGACACUGACUGACACUGGAGAGCCUGACCCAGCACUGCUGCUUCCCCCUCGAACCCGCCCGCACCCCCUUCGACGCCCUAAACAUCCUCUCCUCAACCUCAGACAUAAACAGGGACAGAGGAACAUGCAAUCCUCGCAAAACUUCACGUAUAAAGAUGUAACGAGAGGGAAAAACAAACGAAAAGAUUCACAGCCUCUCUGGAAAGGAAAGAUGGGGGUUGGUUUUUUGAGGGGUACUGUUCAAGAUGUUUUCUUUCACUUUUUGUUUUCUUCUUCCUGAAAAGGGCCAGUUUUUGUUUUUUUUACUUCCCUAUUCUUCGCUUUAUUUUACGAGGAAAGAAACGUCUCAUUAGUUUCGCAGGGAGGUUUUGAACGAGGCCUUUUGGGACAGCGGAGAUUUUCUGGUUUGUUUUUCUUUUUUCUUUUCCCCUCUUCAAUUUGGGAAGUGACUGUUGAACAGGGGUUACUGACUGGAAGUUUGGAAUCCCAAGAGAUUUUUUGGGAGAAGGUGAAAUACGGAAACCUGCUGCUCUUCAAAGAAAAAAAAAUAUUGAUGGCCUUGAACUGUCUUAAUAUUUCCAAAUCAUUCAUGGCGUGGGGAGUAAAGAGAAGAGAGGCAUCUUCCCCCACUCCACCUUCUCCGGUCGAGGAGGCUUCUGGAAAUAUAACCAACAGAAGACAACAAACUUUUUAGUGUAUUUAUAGAUAUUUGUUUUUUCUUUUGUUUUGUUUCACCGUUACGAUGAUACUUCAGUUUUAGCUAGGUGUCUUAGCUGGGCCCCGUUCUUAGAAUGUAGCAGUCAGCACCUGUUUGUUUGAAGAUUAUUUUAUCUCCUGAUACCAAUAGAUUUAUUUGUUCCUUUUACUUUCAAUGUGAUUGCACAAAGUGGUUAUAAUAACAUAGGCAUGUACAACGUGAUUGUCUGUGUGUGCUACUGUCAGCCAUGCGUGUGUAGUCCACUCCCUCAGAACCCUCUUCAGUCUGUAGGUUUUUGACCAUUGUUCCCUCGUAGUGCCUUACAGAUAUAACAACACAGUUUACUCGGCUUGGAUCCUGAAAGCCACAAGAGACUAUAGCUAUACUUAGAGAGACAUGAUUCCCUGGUUUCCACAUCCGAGUCGGGGCAGUUGUAGCUCUCUUCCAGGUGUAGGCGCAGCCCUUGCUGUUUCUCGUCGUUAGCGUAGAUUAAUGGAGAUUAACGUCAGAUUCGGUAUCACGCUGAGCUCCUUUAUGAUGUGUGCAUGAGAUAACUUGCCUGGGGUACUUACCAAAGUCAUAGAUUAAAAUUCUUGUUACACUCGCUCUGGAUAUUCAUGUAAAUAGGAAAAUGUACAGUAUAGCUGUAGCUGUAAACCUCUUAUCACGGUGGAACCCCAAGAUGUGGCGUUAGUUUGGCAUAUUUGUUUUUUGGGGGGGAAAUCACACAAGGGAAUGCAUGCGUCGUGAUUACAGAGCAGAUAUUGGAGCUCGGUUUUCCAGGGGAUGAGUUGCAGUACAAUGUUUUUGCGACACAGUAGAGGUCGUUUUUUUUUGUUGUUGUUGAUGUUUUAAAGGUUAAAAGCUAGUCCGAAAGAAGGGCCUGACAGAAAGUGAUUGUUGCCGUGAGGGUGAGUCUGUGAGGCUAGCGAUAGCCCGGCUGCAGCAGAGAGACAGAGUAUCGAUGGGUUGUUUGAGAGAGAGAUGCUGUGUAGACACGAGUGAAGGGGCUGGUUGAGGGCGUGGGAUCAGUUUAGGUAGGGCAAACUCUCUAUCUUAAAUGGGACUUAAAACGGUAGCAAGUUGGCACUGAGCAGGUUGAUAGUAACACUGAGCCCGGGUGGUCGGUAGGAGCCGCGGGAGGCACUGCCUUACCUGAAUGCACGCGUAGAAUUCUGACAUGAAGCCUUUUUAUCGUUGUCUCUUUUGUUGUUUUUGUUUUUUUGGGAAGUCGUUCGUUGUGUUUUGAGGUUUGCGUAGCGUCAUCGCAGAGCUGCAGGAAACAGAGCAGACGGGAAAUGCCACAGCGUACACCUGGAAGGGCGCCUCGUGGACGAUUUGUCGCCACUGUCCAUUUGUCUUCGAUUAAAAAAAAGGAAAAGAAACCCAGAUACACCACAGACACAUCGCCACGCCAGCCAGACGGGAAAGCCGAACACUUAGAGAACCAAUAGGGCUGUCGCUUUUUUAUGUGUUUGCUGCUCGAUUUCAUUUAUUCUCGUAAGCCGACGAUACAAAUAAUCUCCUCUGUUCACCUUUUGUCCUCUUGACCGUGGGCACAUCCGAACUCUUAGUGAAGGCCUUCCCCUCUUCUUCAUGGUAUGCCAUAGUACUUGCAUUUGAAGUGAUUAUGUUUGUUUUUUUUGUUUUGUUUUUUAACUUAACAUUAUCUUGAACUCUUUUGGACAUGGCUGUAGUAGGCUACAUGUUGUGUUUCAUUUUUUAGAGAUUGUUGCAAUAAUUCUUGUGGACGUUUUAUCAGAGUAUGUGUGUGUUUUUAUUAAAUGUCAGGCUCAUUUCUAUUUUGUAACCCGGGGGUUGAUGUACAGUGAUAUUUAGUAUUCCAUGGAGGUGGGUGCACCUGUGUAAAGUGCUGAUGAUAGUAAGUGUUGAGUUGAUGAUAAUCCAACAAGGGGGGGGGGGGGGCUCUUAUAGAUAUGUAGGGUGCCACGUGGUCCAUCAUCCUGGUACUUGUUCCCCUCUCCACUCCCCGUCAGCUCCAGCAUGCAAAGCCUUGGGUCCGGGCACUUAAAGAUGUGAUUACAUUGUACGUUGCCUGUUACAUCUUCUCUUGUUCUGUCGUUGUCGUUUUAUUUUUAUUUUUAUUUUAUUUGAUCUACUUAAUUUCCUCUUCGGCAUUUGGGGCCUAAGCACAUGUGCAUAAGGGAGAUGAUUAUUAUUUUUUCUUUUCAUUGAAAUCUUCUGGCUCCUCUGUUUUGAGACAGACUACUGAAACAUUCCACUGUUGGAGGGAAUUUGGCGUUACCCAUGCUACACUGCUGUCUUGUCCCCUGCCCCCCCUUGUCAGAAUUUCGCUGUCGCUGCGCUCUUGACUUUUCUUUCCGCUCCUCCCACCAAAGAAUGAAGCAGAUUGACCAUGUACAGCACAGCACAGAACAGUACAAGCAAUCCUCUCUACACCAUCGCUAGAGCAGAUAGGCAAUAACUCCUUUUCAUGUCGUUGUUUUUUAAAACCCGCCAAGCGAGCGGGUUCCUGCACGGGGAGGAUUUAACGUAGCUAACGCACACAGCUCCAUCUUGACUUGGUUUCAAAUCGUCACAUUCAACUUUCUCUGUUGUUUUUCGUUUGACUCCACACACUUGGCCCCUGUCGAUAGGCUGACUGAUCAAUAAUGAUUAUUAUUAUGAGUAACCUCCUCUCUCCGAAUUGUUUUAUAAGCCAGUUUUUUUUUUUAUGUUGUUCAUGUUGUAGCUUUAUCGGUGUUGUAAGAAAAUUAAUUUGUAAAAACGUUAUCGUGUGACAUGGAAUAGAAUGAUCUGUUAAAAAUGAAUUAAUCAAAAAAAAAAGAAGAAAAACGUACCAGGUAUACCUUUAAAACCGUGGUCACCUGCACAAAAUGAAUGUAAUAUGUGACCCGCGACAUCUGAAAUGGCUUUAGAUUUUCUCUCCUCUGUGGGUGACCACUCAUUUGAUUUCACUGUUUGUGGCCAUGCAUGAUGCAAUAAUUAUACAUCAGAUCUCCAGCAGAAUCCCAUACGAGACAAAUAAUGUAAAAUUACCACUGUCCUCAUGAUUAGGGGGGGGUUAGAGAAUAAUCACUAUUUUCACAAAUGAAAGCAUCCAAUUAAGAGAAGCCCUGUGUGCGCAGCAUUGUGGAGAAUAACGUGACGUGUAUGAUGUGUGUUCAUCUUUCACGCUGUUUCACAUAACCGAUGUUUUGUGUUUGGUUUUUAAAAGGGGGAAUCAGACAUGUGAGCGUUAACGUAGAUCGAGUGACCUUACAAUUACCAAAAUGUUCUUAAGUAGAGUGUAAAGAAAUGUUGUGUGUUGUUGAGGCGAGCGUAGCCUUCCCAGCUAGUGGCUUUAUUGUUAGAGUACUGCCUUCUAAAAAAAAACAAAAAACAACGAUACCUCUGAAGCUUUAAGGUGACAUUCGAAUCAGAGAAAACAGAAUAAGGCAGAAUCUCACUCUCUACAUAAAGCCUGGCGUUCUUCUACUGAAUACACUCAAACUUCCCGAGUUUUGCUCGUGGUGUUAUUGUGAAUAAUAAUCUCGGAGAAACACAAGGAAACAUUCCUGAGAGCGAACAUACAACUCCUCUAAGGUGACUUAGUUAGAAAGUGAACAGACGCAACAUAAAUGGACAGACUCUUAACAGUAAAAAAAAAAUGUUUGGCAAAGUCGCAGCUUUACAAAAAGGGUUCAGAGCAGGUGUUAAUGUGGAUGAAUCAUGUGCGGAUGAGCUCUCUGUCACCGGGAAACACACAAUCCAGCUACACAAUAUUCUUAAAGCCCUUCUUUUUUGGAUGAGAGUGUGUGUGUGUUUCGUUUUUUCUUUUGUAACCUUUGGUUGAGGAGAUCUGCUCCUUUUGCUGGCUUUUCCUUGUGGGGGAUUCAGGGUGAGGUGGUCAAGGUUUGAUGCCAUCACUGAUACAGGGCGUCAGGUGAAUGCAGCGAAUGAAUUUAAGAACCAAAAUCGAUGCAAUUAUUAUCGUUUUCCCCAGCAUUUCCAUUUAUUCUAAUUUUGUACAACCAGGCAAGGAUUCGGAUUCAUUUCUACCAAUCUUAAAUCCCCAAUAUGCUGUGGUGUUAGAUGUUUUGGUCCUAAUUAACACGAAUGGAAUUCUUCUCAAUGCUUUUUCUGACUAGUUUCAGAGAGAGCUCUAGCCAUAGUCCGUUAUUUUUGUAGUGUUGAAUAGAAUGAAUAGAAUCUGGAAGUGGUAGAGCAAAGCCAUGUUCAAAUACAGACUCUUCACACUACAAAAAUAUCCAUCUUUACCUGGAGUUCACGUUCCACGUCACAAUCCCCUUUCUGGGUAACCGUCAGAAUGAAAGCUAGUGUAGAUAACUACUUUCACAACAAGUGAUUUAUCAGUUUAUUUACAUUAACUGAAGACCUAAGAGCGCAUCAAACCCUGACCCCCUUGUGUGUCCAUUGCUGUAUGGUGUAAAAUCUCAUUCUUUGUCGAUAAAGCUAAUGUGUGCUGCAGUAUUUCCUAAUAUAAUUCUCUGAUAAUUGUCUUUUCUUAUUUACUUUUGUUUUAUUCGGGUGUGACGUCUCAUUAUUUCAAUCUGUUGACGUAGCGUUCUAUGUAUACCCUGUUCCUUAGCCUAAUAUUAUUAAGUAUGUUAUGAGAAUGGAUAUUUUACUGGCUUUAUAGAAUGUUUAAAUGAAUAUAAUAAUGACAAUAAGAAGAAGGAUUAAUUAAACCUCCUAACAAGUUGAGUACUUGCUACUAAGCGCUUGUGUUACCAUUAUGAUGUUGUGUGCUUCUCUUAAUCAUUUUCGUUGUAGAAAAAUGGAGUGAAUUUAUAUUAGGCUUCGGGGAAAAAAUUAAUGAUAGCAUUGUAAAUUUCACAGGAGGAUUUUAACAGACAAACGGCUUCGUCAAAUAGAAGAAUAUAGCUAUUUUAACUGUCCUCUUUACUAACUGUAGGGUGAGAAGGGGCUCGCGUUGUGGUGAACUAUGUUAUAGCUUGUUAUUCACUGUUACUUUUGAUCAUUUUUUCGGUCUCCGAGGUGAAUCGAGUUAUUAAUGAGAAUUUGUAUGCUCACAUAUGCAUAUUGUAUAUGUGUAGAAAUGUAAUCACACUUUGUCUUGGAUUUACAUUAAACUGUUAAGUCACGG